AUGACCAUCCUCAGCCUAUUCACUCUCAUUCAAACACUGGAGAAGACAAUGAAGCCUCUGGAUCAAGAUAGCAAUCAUGGUGGAGCCAACUCUCAGUCUUUGGAUAAUAACAUAGAUGACCAAGACUUGAAAGCUCAAGUAUUGGAAUGUUUCCACAAUAGAGAGGAGCUGGGAGAUUUUAUUCCAUGGAUGAUCAACUCUGGUGCGUUAAUCAAUGCAAGUAUAAACUUCAAGGAUAAAACAUCUGACAUUAUGCAACCAUGGAAAAACAACAUCUUCAAAAUGCUCUUUCAAAGUCAGUGGUGGGGACCUAAAGGUGAAAUAUGCAUGCUCUGUAAGGUUGAAUGUGCUUUACUUGGCACUAUCAACAAUAAAUUGGUAGAAUUCUCUGAGAAUUCAUUUGCUCCAAGAUGGGAGCAUUUGAAUCUAAUUCAAGAGUUCAGGGAGUGUUCCCCAACACAUCUGGCAAGUGUGUUUGGUGAUAUUGAAGAGUUUGUAUGGGGCGGUCCCAGUACUUUGGCUUUAUCUGAAUCCUCUUAUCCCAUAUUUGACUUCAAUGAUUUAGAGGAGGCAGCUAUGUCUUUUAAGCAGUAA